AUGAGAGUCAAGAAGCCGACUUCCAAAAGAGUCACCACUCGUAUGAGAGAAGGUAUCAAGAAGAAAGCAGCAGCAAAGAGAAGAAAAGACAAGAAAAUAGCCAAGAAAGACGUUACCUGGAAAUCAAGACGUACAAAAGAUCCAGGAAUUCCAGCCAGUUUUCCAUACAAAGACCAAAUAAUAUCUGAAUUAGAGGAAAGUAGACGUGUGGAGAAAGAGAGGAAAGAGGAGCUCAAAUUGCAGAGGCAAAGGGAAAAAGAGGAAGCGUUGGCUAGGGGAGAGGAAGUUGAUGACAAUGAUAUGGAGGAUGAGGAGCUUGGUGAAGAAGAUGAUGGAGCAAACGGUUUGGCUGCAUUGCUUGAGUCAGCUCAAUCUGCUGCUAAAGAGUACAAUGGUGAAGAUGACAGUGAUGACAAUGAAAUGAUUGACUCUGAUGAGGAUGUGGAGUACGAAUUGAGCGAAGCUGAAGAUGAUGAGGAGGAUGAAGAAGCAACAGGCUUAGAAAAGUCACGUAAGUCCUACGACAAGAUAUUCAAAUCCGUUGUUGAAGCAUCCGAUGUCGUUUUAUAUGUUCUUGAUGCAAGAGAUCCAGAAUCCACCAGAUCAAGGAAGGUAGAGCAAGCGGUGUUGCAAAACCCAGGAAAAAGACUUAUUUUGCUUUUAAAUAAAGUCGACUUGGUUCCUACAGAUGCUUUAAACCAAUGGCUCAACUUUUUGAACUCGUCAUUCCCAACAUUACCCAUCAAGGCUAGCCCCGGUGCAACAAACGCAAACUCUUUCAACAAGAAAUUAACAGGAACUAUAACGUCUGAUUCUUUAAUGAAGUCAUUGAAAAGCUAUGCCAACAAAUCGAACUUGAAACGAUCAAUAAUUGUUGGAGUCAUUGGUUACCCUAACGUUGGUAAAUCUUCAAUAAUCAAUGCCCUUACAAAGAGGCACAAUAACAGCUCUAAAGCUUGCCCAGUUGGAAAUCAAGCUGGUGUCACAACUUCAAUGAGGGAGGUUAAAAUUGACAACAAGUUAAAGAUUUUAGAUUCUCCUGGUAUUGUUUUCCCAGAUGAGAUUAUAAAUACUAAAAAACAAUCGAAGCAGCAACAAAUGGCCAAGUUGGCAUUAUUGUCGGCCAUACCACCUAAGCAGAUUACCGACCCAACUGGUGCUGUUAAGUUGCUUUUGAAAAAGUUUUCUCAAAAUACUGAAAUGGCUGAAGGAUUGAAGCAGUAUUAUGAUUUGCCUCCAUUACCAUCAUCUGACUUGGAAGAGUUUGCUAAGCACUUUUUGAUACAUAUUGCAAGAACAAAGGGAAGAUUGGGUAAAGGCGGUGUACCUAACUUGGAGUCAGCCGCAAUGGCUGUUCUCAAUGAUUGGAGAGAUGGUAGAAUAAUCGGUUGGACUCUACCUAAAGCAUCAAAACGGAGUGCUGCUGAUACUGAAGUAAGUUUGGAUGGACCAAAGAGCUCAUUGCGUGGGGAGAAGGAGCCACCAAAAGUAGAACAGACUACAGUUGUUACCGCUUGGGCAAAGGAAUUUGAUUUAGAUGGUCUAUUAGGAGACAACUUUGGUCUUGAGUAG